AUGGAAGCUCGCCCAGGACCUCUACGAGAAAACCUCCGGUCAAUUUAUAAAGGGCUUCCCUUGAUGCAAUUCUCCAAAGCGUACCAAGAGCCGCUCGACGAUACUGUGGUGUGGCUGGAAAGGAAGAAGUGGGUCGACUCGGCGGUUUACUCGGAUCUCCUCAGGAAGUGUGGAAGCUCGAAAUCGCUGACGCUUGGGAUACGUGUUCAUGCACAUAUCAUCCAGUGUGGACGUGAUCGAGAGACUUACAUCGGGAACUAUCUCAUCGAGAUGUAUGGGAAGUGUGGCAAGGUUGACGAGGCACGCAGGGUGUUUGAGGCCAUCCUCGACCGCAACGUUUUCUCCUGGAACUUGAUGAUCGCGGCGUAUGCCCGGCAUGGGCAUAGUAGGGACGCCUGGGAGGUGUUCCGGAGGAUAGACUUGGAGGGUGUGAAGCCGAGCAGGGUCACCUUCUUGGGUGUGCUGGAUUCGUGUAAUGGUGCCAGGGGCCUGGCAGCGGGACUGGAGAUCCAUGCCAGGAUGGUGGAGGGGGGAUUUGAGUCGGACGUGGUGGCUUGCACUGCUCUAUUGAAUAUGUACGGGAGGUGCUCGGGGGAUGCAAGAGCAGCUCGAGCGGUUUUUGAUGGUAUGGAGGUCCGGGACUUGGUUUCGUGGAAUGCCAUCGUGGUUGUCUACUCUCAGAAGGCACAGUGUGAGGAGGCAGUGAAACUCUACCGGCAGAUGCUGCUCCAAGGUGUGCAGCCCGACGAGUUUGUGUUCAGCAGUGUCAUCUUCGCAUGCUCGGAUCCGAAACUGGCCGCUGAGGGGUCGAGCGUUCAUCGAAAUGUGAUGGAAAGUGGACUCGAGUCUCACGUCGUCGUCGGUAACGCACUGCUUCACAUGUAUGGGAAGCAUGGGAACUUUGGGGCUGCAAGGCGGGUUUUUGACAGGAUAGAGAACAGGGACGUCAUAUCUUGGACUGCGAUGAUCGUUGCUUACUCCCAUUCUGGUCAGGGUCGAGCCGCCUUGGAGGUUUUGGAGAUCAUGCGAGCGCAGAGAGUGGAGCUGGACAGAGUUGGAUACACAAGCGUCAUUGAUACGUGCACGAGCCUUGGAGCUCUGGAAGAAGGCAGGCGUAUUCACUCGCAAAUCGCGAAGCAGGGAUUGGAAACCGACGUCGCGGUGGGAAGUGCGUUGGUGAACAUGUAUGGGAAGUGUGGUGACUUGGAAGAUGCGAGAGCAGUGUUUGCGGGAAUCGAAGGGAAGGAUAGGUGCGCUUGGACGUCGAUGCUUGGGGCGUAUGCGCAACAUGGUGACGGAGACAGAGCGUUCCAAGUCUUUCAAACCAUGGACUUGGAAGGAGAGAAGUCCGAUCCUAUCACUCUGAUAUCGGUGCUUAGCGUUUGCUCCGACAAGUCCUCGGCCUUGUCACAGGGAAAGGCAAUUCACUCGAGCAUCUCCGGGAGCGGGCUCGAACUGGACGGCCUCGUAGCUACUGCUCUCAUCGACAUGUAUGCGACAUGUGGGAGCUUGCGAACUGCUCGAAACUUCUUCGACGCUAUCCAGGCCAAAGGCGACGUAGUGCUGUGGAGUGCUAUAAUCUCCGGCUACUCACAGCAUGGAGACUGGGAAGAGAGCACAACACUCUUCCGGCUCAUGCAGCUAGAAGGACUGGAGCCGGACAACAGGACGAUCACAAGCGUCUUAUCAGCAUUUAGCCACGGUGGUCUCGUCGAUCAAGCGACCGAGUGGUUUGGAACAAUGGUGGAAGCUUGCGACAUGAAGCCAGCAAUCGACCACUAUAUGUGCCUGAUCGAUCUGCUGGGAAGAGCUGGAUGUUUGGAGGCCGCGGAGCUCGUGAUGAAGAGAAUGCCUUGUAAGGCUGAUACGGUGGCUUGGACGACGUUACUUGGCUCGUGUACCACUCACGGAGAUGUUCACAGAGGUGCUCGAGCAGCCGGACAGAUGCGAGAUGACUCUGGAGCUUAUGAGUUCGUCAUCGUCUCGGAGAUCCUGAUGGAGCCUACAGGCGCUCAAGACAGUGCAAUUUUGAGGAGCAGGGCUUCCAGCUUCCCAGUUCUUGCGAGAAGAUCGAUCACGCCCGCACAUAUCCAGCUCCUGCAUCACUCCAUGAUCUUGCUCCAUCCUAGCGAGGAUCUUGGCUCUACCAGGCAGACGAGCUAUCGGCGAGAAACCGUCCAUUCGCAUCUCGUGGAAGAGCUCCAGAGCUCGCUGGCUAUCACCGCUCUGGGAGUGAGCCUUGAUCAUACUCGUCCACAUCUCCCCGCAAGCUACGUACAUGGUCGCCAGCCCCGUCUCUACGAUUGGAUCCGGGGUCUUCGAGGAUGGACUGGUGGAUUGCUCGUCCCUGGGAGAGCGAGCAGCAGGAAUCCAGAGCGCUGGCCACCGCAGCGCUGCCCAAGCCAAUGCCUUCCAAGUUGA